CAUACAUGAGCCACUUGAUCUUGAAACCCCAAAUCCUCCCUUACAAGAACCAUUACCAGUGUCUUCACGGGUAAAAAAAUGGCAAGAGAUAUUCAUUUAGUAAUGCUCCCAUGGUCCGCAUUUGGUCAUUUGAUGCCAUUUUUUCAGCUUUCAGUAGCCCUUGCCAAAGCAGGAGUUCAUGUCUCUUUUGUAUCAACUCCCAGGAACAUCCAUAGACUCCCUAAACUUAAUCCAAAUAUAGCUGCUCUGAUGAAUCUAGUGGAGCUUCCACUCCCACCUUCGGAUCAAAACAUUUUACCAGAAGGUGCUGAGGCCACGGUUGACAUUCCCUUUGAGAAAAUUCAGUAUUUGAAGGUGUCAUAUGAUCUCCUGGAACAACCCUUUAGGCGAUUCGUUACCGAUUGGAUCAUCGCUGAUGUCACUCCUCACUGGGCAGUUGAUGUAGCACAAGAGUGUAGUGUCCCGCUCAUUAUCUUCUACGCCUUCUGUGCUGCUUUUACUGUGAUCUCUGGGCCACCACAGUACAUGGUAGGUGAUGGUCAAAAAAGAGUUAGGGGAACGCCGGAGAGUCUGACAGCACCACCGGAGUGGGUGAAUUUUCCGUCAACAGUAGCUUAUAGGAGUUAUGAAGCAAUAGGUGUAUACACCCAAUUUUUUGAAGGAAAUGCCUCAGGGAUAACAGAUGCCCAACGUGCCGAGUAUCUGGUUGUUUUCCUUUUAUCAUUGAUCAACCCGAGUGCAAGAUUACUGGUUGACAAUGGUUUGGCCAUUGAAGUGGAUAGCGCAAUGACGGAUUAUAAAACUGGGAUCGGCACAUCCAAGCCUCUAAGAGAAGCCAUGGUUUCAAAAGGAGAAGAAUGUGGCCUGUGCUCGAAAAGCCUCUGUGAUCUUCAGGACCGGCAGCUGGAAGACCAUUUCAUUGGUACUUGCUAG